CAUACUGCACCAAAAGCACACCAGUUCCUCUCUUUUUUCAACACCAUUAAUCUUUCUGCUUGAGUUUUUCUGUUCUUGUUCUUGUUCUUAUCAUGUCGUCAGCAGCUAAUGUUGAGAAAGUCCGAGAGGCGACUGGGUCGAGUAACUCUGCUGAGGCUGCCGUGAAGCCAAGCGAGAGGAAAAAGUGGGUGUGGAGCGUCGUUUUGGUUGUGAUUAGGGUUUUAGCAUUCUGCGCAACCAUGUCUGCAACCAUCAUCAUGGCUCUCAAUAAGCAAACUAAAACGCUUGUAGUUGCCACCGUCGGAACUACUCCUAUCACUGCCACUAUUAGCGCCAAGUUUCAUCAUACUCCUGCGUUUGUGUUCUUUGUGAUAGCGAAUGGAAUAGUCAGUCUCCAUAACUUGUUGAUGCUAGCCGCAGAGUUGUUUGGACGGAGACUCGAUUACAAAGGCUUCCGACUUCCCAUUAUUGCCAUACUAGACAUGAUGAAUGUUGCGGUGAUAUCUGGGGGAGCAAAUGGGGCAGCUUUCAUGGCGGAAUUAGGGAAGAACGGGAAUUCACAUGCGAGAUGGGAUAAGAUUUGUGACAAGUUCCAGACCUUCUGCGAUCAUGGCGGUGCUGCUCUUGCUGCGUCUUUUGUUGGUCUUCUUCUCAUGUUGAUCAUUUCCACCAUUUCUAUCCUCAAAUUCUCCAAUAUUCUAAAAUCCAACAAUUCUCUCCUCCUUUAAAUUCUUCAUCAUCUUUUUCGCAAAUAUUAUACAUAUAUUUACACUUGAAUGCCCCAAAGAAUAU